AUGCGUUUUCGCUGCCUUCUCAAAGAUCGAACACUACAUUAUUCGCCUACCAAGGCUUCAAAAAUAGUGUUGGCUUGUGUUGUGUUACACAAUUUGUGUAUUGUAGAAAACAUUCCAUUAAUUGAAAAAGAUGUUGAAGAGGAUGAUUUUGGAAUGUACCAAGUAAAUGACAAUGAAGAAAUGACACAAAAUAGGCAAAAUCCAGAACUUGUAGCCGGUAUUCGUUUCCGUCAAAAUAUUGUAAACAGACUAUUUACAGAUUAA